AUGGAUGUUAAAGAGUGCAACGAUUUAACUGAAGAAAAUCAAUUCAUCGUGGACGAUGUGAGUAAAAUUAUAAAAGAGGCAAUCGAAAAUUCUAUUGGAGGAACGGCGUAUCAGCACAAUAAAGUAAAUCAGUGGACAUCGGCCGUUGUAGAAUCGUGUUUAGGUCAACUUACAAAGCUUCAAAAACCAUACAAAUAUAUUGUGACCUGUACAAUUAUGCAAAAGAAUGGUGCAGGGCUGCACACUGCUUCAUCCUGUUUCUGGGACAACAAUACAGAUGGUUCAUGCACUGUUCGCUGGGAAAAUAAAACUAUGUACUGCAUUGUAUCUGUUUUCGGCCUUGGAAUUUAG